AUAAAUCACCAGCGCUCCGUUACAAUCUGUGCCAUGUCACAGUCAUACUGCUUGUUGUUACAAUCGACGAGAGGUAAAUGGAGUGCAAUUAAUUACUUUCGUACAAAGUGGUCUACAAAACAAACAGUGCCAUAACACCGGACGUGCACUCAACAGUACAGCGGUAACAACCGGUACGGCCGAAAGUGUGAUGAAUUUUCACAGCACCAUUCGACCGAUCGUAGUGAUAUUUUUGCUGUUUGGACAAUUACCACUCUACGGUAUCCUGUACCGUAAACCGUCUCAGUGGAAUUUUCGCUGGUGUUCCUUCCAGACGGUGCUAUGCUUGGUGCUGGUAGUUGUAGGCCUUUUCCUGUGCUUUAUUGAGUAUGAUCGUCUGUUAGUGAUAGGUGUCAAUGCGGAUAACAUCAUUGGACCACUGUUCUAUGCGGAUGUGAUCAUUAUUAUGUUGCUUCUGUUACGCAUAGCCACACGGUGGUCAUCAAUGAUACCGAAGUGGGAACAGGUGGAAGCCCUGGAGGUGAUGCAAUACAAUGCACGAGAACAGGAUACACGAUCCAUUCGCAGAAUCCGGGCAGUGGCAUUGCUUCUGCUGGUCAUGGGAUUUGCAGAGCAUAUGCUUUCGAUUGGGAAAACUGUAUACGCAAAAGUGGACGAAGGACGUACCUGUAACUGGGAUUACAGCAACCUACCCGAGUACUACGCAUUGCGCACAUAUGGGUUCUUUUUUCGGCAUGUCCCGUACAACUUUCCAGCGUUUAUAUUUCUGGAAUAUGCAAAUACUGCCCUCACAAUGGCCUGGACCGUGCAGGAUGUGUUGUUAAUAAUGAUCAGCGAUUCUAUCGCUGGUUACUUUGGACGGUUAAAUGCAAGGAUUCAGUUCUACAGCACUGUACAGAUAAUCGCCAGGGAAAAGUUCUGGAGCGAAAUCCACUCCGACUACGUCAUGGUUUGUGAGCUGCUGGAACACAUCAUGCGCAUAUGUUCUCCCUUGUUAGUAAUAUCCUGUGGUACUAAUCUGUACUUAAUCUGCUACCAACUGUUUCAUCUUGUAGAAUCGGAAAAGUUUAUAAUUAUGACGGUGUUUACUUACUACUCACUAUUCUUCGUAAUAUUGCGCACGUUUUUGACUUUACAUUACUGUUCAGCCGUACAUGAAGUUGCACGUAAGCCACUCAAACUAUGCCGCCGGGUCCCGACGGCUAGCUGGUGUGAUGAGUUGGAGAGAUUUUACACCUUUAUUCGCAAAAGCUCAAUAGCGAUUAGCGCGAUGGGACUGUUUCGACUCACCAAGAAAACAAUGCUAACGAUGCUUGGUGCAGUCAUUACCUACGAGCUGGUUAUGUUGCAUUUUGCUCAGACCACCGCCAACCAGGGUGUUGUACGGGCAUGUUCUACCGAGGAAUUUCUGUUCGAGCCGAAAACGCAGAGCCGCGUCAACUAG